UUCUUGUGCUAUUUAUAUAACUCCUUCACUGCUCUAUUCCUCUCUUCUUAAACCCUCCCUUCAUUUCUUUCUCUCAUACAAGAAAAAGAAGAAGAAUCCCAAUGAGGCCUACCAUUAAUUUCUUUAUCAUUUCAUUGUUCAUUACAAUACUAAUUUCCCAAACAAUAUCUGCACGUCUUCUGCCUACAAGUUAUUCAGAUAACAACAAGAUUGAAGUUCAUGGGAUUAUUCAUUCAAUUUCGACACAAGAAGAUGACUUCACUAACCUCAUGGGAUUGGAGAAAUGUGAAGACAGAAAUGAAGCUUGUUUAAACAGAAGGAUGAUAGCUGAGGCUCACUUGGAUUACAUAUAUACUCAAAACAAGCCUUUGCCCUAAAGAUGGAUCAAUAGUUUCUCUGAUAUUUUGACUAUAUGAACAACAAAACUUGUCUACUUGUAGAAGUUUAGGUAAGAAAAUUAUACCAAUACAGUAUUUUAAUUUAUCAUAAGAUGUACUAUUAGUCUAUUAAUAUGUUUUAUGAGCUAUAAAUGAGUAGUGAAAAUUUUACAUA